AUGGAGAGCGAAAACGGCACCCAGUCAUAUGAAGCAUUCCCGAUGUAUGGUGGCCAAGGCCAAUAUAGCUAUGCUCAAAAUUCUAACCAUCAGCGAAAGGUAGCAGAUGUUACCAAGCACAUUAUAAGAGAUGCCAUUCUUGAGAUGCUUGAUCUUGAAACACUUCUACAUGAUUCCUCCAAUAUUAUCCGAAUUGCUGAUUUGGGAUGUUCUGUCGGGCCUAACACUUUCUUCAUUGUUCAAAACAUUAUAGACUCUGUGAACCUCAAAUCUCAAUCUCAUCAAGAACAUGGUUUUGAUUCACCUGAAUUUCAAGUGUUCUUCAAUGACCAUGUUGGUAAUGAUUUCAACACACUUUUCAAGUCCCUUCCCAUGAACAAGCAAUAUUAUGCAGCUGCAGUGCCAGGUUCAUUUCAUGGCAGAUUGUUUCCAGAAUCAAGCAUUCAUGUUUUCAACUCAACUUAUGCUCUUCAUUGGCUCUCAAGGGUACCUAAAGACAUAGUUGACAAGAACUCUCCUGCUUAUAAUAAAGGCAAAAUUUAUUAUACAAAUGAGGAGAAGGAAGUUGCAGAGGCAUAUUCUGCACAAUUUGAAAGAGACCUUGAAAGCUUCCUAAAUUCUAGAGCCUUGGAACUUGUUCCUGGUGGUAUCAUGACUCUCACCAUUUUCUGCGUCCCACCAGAUUCUAAGAAUGGAUUUGAAGUUCUUGUAAAUGUCAUGGGAGAUGUUCUUGUGGACAUGGCUAAUAAGGGAUUAAUAAGCCACGAAAUGGUAGAUUCCUUCAACAUACCUAUCUACACACCAGCAUCAGAAGAGGUAAGAGUCUUGAUUGAGAAGAAUGGGAAAUUCAAAAUUGAGAAAUCAGAAUUAUUAUUUCGCUUGUUUGGCGAUGUGAAUCAACAGCCAAAUGCCCAGACAAUCUGUACGCAAAUGAGAGCUGUGUGGGAAGGACUUUUCAAGAAGCAUUUUGAACAAGAUGAUGUUGUGGAUGAGAUUUUUAUUCAAUAUGAGAAGAAAUUGGCAGAAACCACAUUAUUUCCAUUUUCGAAGCCAAGUUACAAGCAGUUGGGUGGAUUAUAUGUCAUGAGGCGUACUCUUGUUUAA